AUGGCCAGUAUUAUGUACGCAGACGAAGUUGCAGAAAACCGUUCAACAACACUGUUCCUCGACAACUGCGAGGUAUUUGAACGACUCUCCAAAAGGAUAAAGCAUCAUCUUUCAGAGUCCGUUUUCACAGUUUCUGUUUGGGAGAUCCCAGAUUUAAUAAAAAGCAAGGAGGAAGACUUGGCACUGUUUCCCCGAGUCAAGAGACAUAGAGGCAUACACCGCCAUCCUGAGAACGGUAGAACAUGCGCUUACAUGACCCAUACUCUGAUAACUGAACAGGGGUUCGCCCCUCACUUAACUGACUCAUGGCGGGAAGUAACAGAGAAAAGUGGGAAGUACACACACUACUGGAAGAAGGGUGAUCUCGUGAUAUGGGAUAAUUUAGCGGUGAUGCAUAAAGCUGGAACUAAAAGCGUGGAGGGACCUGAUGGCCGGACCCCACGAAUGUUGUACCGGACUCAAGUAUUUAUUUAG